AUGGCGUAUAACAACGUGAUGUUAUUUUUCCUUUUUCUAAAAUCCACAACGUUGAUCGCCAGAGGAAACUCCGACUUAGAUUCUCGUUCAUCAUAUAUCAAAACACAGGAAAACAAGAAACUCAUGGGAUUCGUUGUUAAGAGGUUUGAUUCUCCCACUUUGUUAUCGUGUAGUCGACAAUGUCUAACAAAUUUGUGGUGUUCGUCGAUAAACUUCAAGUUUUCCUUAAAGAAGGACGACAAAGGAACUUGUGAGCUGAACAAGCACGAUAUCUCCGUUUUAAACGAAAACGUUUACUUUGAUGACCGCGAUGGAGUCACUUUCUCACUUCUUCUAAGGGGAUGUCAGAUGACCAGUUGCCUUAAUGGUGGUUCCUGUCUUCCCGACGAAAAAAGGCAAACAUUCUCGUGCGCUUGCCAACAACCUUGGAUCGGGGAAAGAUGUCACGUGAUUAGUCUUGGCGCAUGCGGUGAGGGUGAAUGGACGCUGGUUAUGAAAAUGAACGGUUCACAGGGAACUUUUCAUUACGAUUCUAAACUUUGGAGCAACAACGAAACCUUCAAUAUUGACGGAGGAAAGACUGGGUUUGACUCAGAAGAGACCAAGUUACCGACCUAUUGGAACACAUCCUUCACCAAGAUCUGUCUCGGCAUGAAGAUCGGACAAAGAAUUAACUUCAUACUCGUCAACAAGCAGGCUAGUUCCCUCUAUUCAUUAAUCGCCGAUGGAAAUGGUCGUACGACCUCAUUGGGUCGUGACACGUGGAAGAAGCUGAUCGGCUCGAGGGCAUCAUUACAGUCUUAUUGCGACCAAGAGGGGUUUAAUGUGAAAUGUGAUGGACCAGGAAGACCGAAAGCUCGCAUUGGAAUCCUUGGAAAUAACGAGAACGACUGUAGUACUUGUGACUCCAGAAUUGGGUUUGGUACAGGAGGAAAACACGAUGAUUCCAACACUUGCGGAAACGAAGCGAAAUAUGGUAAUACACAUAUUAAAGCGAUGGGAUACAUCUUGGUACAAUGAGAGAAGACGAAACGAUGGAGAUGUGAUUCAAAGGUGUAUUGCAUCCUUCCUUCGUUCAAUUUGACAUAUGUCACAAUCACAAUGCUGUUCCUAAAGGUCUUCGUUCCCUCAGCAAAUGCCUGGAGGACAGGACCCUCCGCUCCGCAUCCAUUCCACUGAACAGGGGUAAAAGAUAGGCCUGAGAAUUAGAUUAUUGUGACAGAACUGUGCUCAUUCAGUAAAUGGUGCCUAUUUCUUUAUUGCUUAAGCUCGCCACUGAACGAGACAAAUUGUCGUUUUUUCUGAAAAAAGUAUGCGGCAACUGACAGUUUUUUGUCGUUCUCUAAAUUCAUUAGUAUCUGUUUUUCUACGAAAUAAGGAUAGCGAAAGGUACAGCAACUUUUAGGUGGUCAAAAACGCGAUUUAUAGAGUACGAUAUUUACCUAAUUGCAGGAAAUUAACGCUUCAUAAAUUCACGUGAACUUGGAAAUUUUUCGUCGGUAUAAAUUUUGCUUUUUCGCCUCAAGCUCCCGAUUGAAUCGAGUUUUAUUUGUUUCUUGUAAAAUUCAUAACAAAAGCUAAAUUUUAACUUCUUAACACGGUAUAGAUACGCUGAUAUCAUAGAUUGUAAAUAGCACUCGAGUUUUUUGCCCUUGAACUAAUAGAGGAUAGUUUAAGCUCUCUUGCCUUGAAGCUAAACCACGUAAUAAAUUCCCUAAGCUCUCAAUUAAAUCGAAAUUUUUUUGUUUUUUUGUAAAAUACGCAACAAAAGCUAAAGUUCAACUUUCUGACACAUCUUAGAUACGCUGGUAUCAUAGACUGUAAAUAGCACUCGAGAUUAUUGCCCUUCAACUAAGAGAGGAUUUGCUCCCAUGCCUUGAACCUCGACCAUGCGAUAAAUUUCCCAACUCUCGAUUAACUCGAGAUUUUUUUUUGUUUUUUUUAAAAUUCGUGACAAGAGCUAAAAUGCAACAUUCUCAGUAACACAGUGUAUAUAUGCUCGUAUCAUAAACUGCUGGUAGCACUCGAGAUUUUUACCCUUGAACUAAGAGAAGAUAUCGUCUCUUGUC